AAACAAUGAGCAGAGAGCUCACAUUAAUCGAUUGGCCCGUACAAGUUCAUGACAAAGAUAUUGGAUAUAUUGGAGAAAUAGUAAAUACGUAGGUUCGUGUUCGAAAACUGAAACAAAUUCUGUCGUUUUUGAGCUUGUUUACAUACAUAAUCCUUAUUGCACUCUAGGUCAUUAGGUCAGAGCGUACUAUGAAAUUCUUGGGUGUCGUUGUCGAAUGCCUCACCUAUAUUAUUAUCUGAAUUGUCGAGCUACUUGUCUAAUAUACUAAUAGUUUGUCAAACCUCACAGAUUCGCUCUUCUGCAAUUUCCCAGCGCACAGCGUUUAUGUAUUUUAUCUCCUUGUUGGUUAGUUAGUUGUUAACCGUGGGCGGAAAGUCACGUGUCGUGUAGGCUUAUUCAUUCUAAAUAUGAAAAGUGUCUCAGUAUGGCAGUGAGCAGUUCAAAAGAUCAUUCGUUUGUACAGUAUAUAACACCCAAUUUGCUUAUGAAAAAAACAUCGAAAGAUCCAGUACGAGCGUAUGCUAUUAAUCUGUCUAACAAGAGCAACGAUUAUAAAAUUGAAAAGAUAGAGAACUUGGAACAGUUUUGUGAGUUGAGACAGUUGAAUCUUUCAUACAAUCGUAUUUGCAAAAUCAGUGGUUUAUCAACGCUUUGUCAGUUGACUGUUUUGAACAUCUCACAUAAUUUUCUCGUGUCCCUUAAUGGCAUCCAAUCCUUGUCAAAUCUCUUGGUACUGAAGGUUAAUAACAAUCAAAUUACAUCCAUUCCUAAAUGGCUGCCUAAACGGUUACCGAAGCUGAAAACAAUCCACUUUCACUACAAUCAAAUUGAUACUCUUCAUCAAAUAACAUACUUGAGAUCUCUGUCUAAUCUCACAGUUUUCACAUUUGAAGGCAAUCCAGCGGUUAACCAACUUAUAAUAAAUACUAAUAACAGCUCUAGUAGUGAUGAAGCUGCAGUGCGAAAUACCAUUGAAAAAUUUGACGCUCAGUCACUUUGCCGAAUAUUUAUAAUAUUUCAUUUAUGUUCACUUAUUUUACUGGAUAACAGAGAAGUUCUUCCAUUUGAAAGACAAGUAGCAGAACAACGAUUCUCUCAAGUUGAAAUAUCGAGAUAUUUAAACAAGUUAAACACGUAUGAAAGUCAAUUAAAAGAAGUAGAGACGAAAAACUCGCUGUUGAAAAAAGAUCUAUCACAUGAACAAUCUCAGCUAAGUGAAACUUUACACAAAAGAAAGUUGGAGAGUGAUUUAAUUUCUCAUUUAGAAGAAGAAUUACAUGCUAAGGAUAAAUUGCUUCAUUUAAAAUCUGAGGAAUUAGCUCGUGCAUGUUUAAAACAUUUUGAAUUAGAACAGCAAUUAGCGUUUCAUAAAAUUGAUGAGAAAUUGGGCUUAGUUGGUUCAUGUUUAUCAAAACCACGACGUAACUCAUCUUAUGUUCACCAAGUUCCAGAUACUGGUGAUCAACCUUAUCUAGGUAAAUGUAUGUUUAAAUAUAUAUCAACAAAUAAUUCAAUAAAUGAUCAUUCAGUUGAGAAUAAAUGUCCAUCUGAUAAUCAUCUAAUCAAUAUACAAAAUAAAAUGUGUUCAAAUAUAAAUGAUCAUAAUGACUGUCAUAAAUCGUAUCUUAAUUGUUUGGAUAAUAAAUUAGAAAAUAAUUGUCAUGAUAAUAUCCAUGAAAAUUCUAAUGUUACACAUCAAUAUUCUUCUGAUAUUGUGCCACCGAUUAAUGGAAAUCAAGAAUUAAAUCCUGAAUUAGAUCGUAAUCUGAUCAGCUUGAAUAAUCAAUUCAGUCACUUACCUCAAUCAGAUCCACCACCCAAUCGUUCAUCUCCAACAGGUGAAUUGUUUCUUGAUAAGGUUCGUAAGUCCCCAACACUUGACAAACCUCUCGAUGAUGUAAAAUCAUCUGAUUUAUUGGAAGAGAAAACAUCAACUAGAUCAUCAACACAACCAGAGAAUAAAGUUAUAGGUAAAUCAUUCAAACAAUCAGAUGUGGAACAGAUUCAAAUGAAAUUAUCUAAAUUACAGUCUGAAUUAGUGCAACUUCGAAUUAAAGAAUCAACUAUACAAAAUAACACUGUUUAUCAUAAUAAUAGUAAUAUCAAUGAUAAUAACAAUCCUGAAACAAAUGAAUUGAAUAAUCGUAUAAAAAUAUUAGAAAGUGAACUGAAUCAAAUGUGGACUAUGGCACAUCUAUUAAAAUCUGAAUCCAAUCAAAAUGAAUUAACUAGUCGAAAUAAUAUCACUACUAAUAAUGUAUACUUGAAUUCUUUUGUGACUUUACCUAAAUCAUCGUCAGAUAGAGUAAAACAUGCUAACCUCUCCAAAUCAGACAAGAAUCCUAAAUAUUUUUCGUAUGAAUUCUCGAGACAAAACUCGCCUCAUCAGAAACGUAAACGACGUUUUAGUCUUCCUAAUAAGGAUAUUGAUCUGAAACAAAUUUUAUCUGGUGAUAAUUUUAAUCACGUCAAUGGGACAACAAGCAUGGGCUCGGAAUUUGAUUCAUGUGAAGAAUUUGUGGAUAGUCCUCGAAAAUUAAUCAAUAGUUGCAAAAAGAAAGAGAGUCAUCAGUUCACAUUAUCACAUGAUCGUGGUAUGGGCUCUGUCACACCAUCAACUCCCAGUUCUCGUACAACAGGAACAGGGCGUAGUGCUUUAUUAUCUAUGCAUACUCCUCGUUCAAAUGACUUGUACACAAUGGAUCAUUUAUCAAAACCCUUCGUUUCUGUUAGUGCAAGAAAUACUUUGGAUCAUUCAAGAAAAAAUUUACACAAUGAUGUUCAUGAAUCAACCAACAGUUGUAUUCCAUGUGAAUCUACUACUAUGCAAGCGAAUAUCUAUAAUACUCAAGAAAGUGUUCCGAAUAUACAACUUGAACGUACACGUGGUUCAGGUGUUGGUGGUCCUCUUCCUCUUACAAAUGCUUCUCAACCAUCAUCAUUUGAUUCGUUUCAAUUAUAUUCGUAUACUGCAAAUUCUAAUGAAGAUAAUAAUGAUAAUAAUAAUGACAAAAAUAAUAAUAACAAUCCGUCAUCUGAAAAUUCAGAUUUUCAAAAAUCUGAUGAUUUUAGAAGGUAUCAUAUCUCCAGACUGCCUAAACCUAAUCCUACUCGUACUUUAUCUCGAGGCUCAGAUCUUUUACAGUUCAGUAGUGAUCAAGCUUGUUCACAUAAUCGGAAAAAUAGAAAACUAAGUUCAAAAUGUCGUUCAUAUAGAAAUUUUUCAAGAUUGGGAUCUUGUGUAAGAGCUAAAUGGUCUAAGCAAAAACAUAAACAACCACGAUCUCGUAGUGUUUCACAUAAAUCUGAAAAAAAUAUGUCAGAUUCGAAUAAUUCAAGCCAAAAUUAUAGUCUAAGUGAUCAUGCAGAAGAACUUUUGAAUUUAAUUGUAAUGUCACGAGAUGCUUGUUCCAUGGAAGUAGAUCGUAUACGAGAAGACUUAUCAAGAUUGUAUAAAGCCGAUUCAAAACGUCAAACACAUUUAGAUCAUAAAAAACAAAGUGGUAAACAACAUAUCUAUGUUGAUUGUGUUCGACCGAUGCGAAAUCACGUUGAUUCUUUAAAGACUAGAUAUUCACCCGCUGGCGAUGAUAAUGACGAUUGUAGUUUUACAGAAUGUCAACCUACUGUGUACCAAAAAGCACAAUCACUUACAAAUUAUCAUCAGUAUCCUGAAAGUAACAAUAAUAAUAGUAAUGAUAAAAAUCUCAAUUCAAAUCAUUCACAAUAUAAACCACAUACACGUAGAUUACUGCCACAUACUAAAUCAUUUGAUGACUAUGAUGGAUUCGAUUUGAAUGAUCAUCAGCUUGACAGUAGUAAUCAUAAUAAUGAUGAUUUUUGUGCAGCUGAUAAUAAUUAUAACGAUCAAAUGAAUUAUUUCUAUCAUCGUCAAGAUUAUAAACGACAAAAUGAACCACCGGUUAAUUUUAAAGAUCAUUGGCUGCCGAAUGGAGUACAGGACCUUAACUGGAAUAAUGAUCAGAAAAAUUCUAUUCGUUCUUCCUCAAAUCGUAGGCCGACAUCUUUACAUACAAGUCGAGUUUUUAGUCGACGUCCAAGAACAAGAUCAAUACCUCGUCAGCAUCCAAUCAACGCUAAUUUCUCACCAUAUCAUAACAACACUUAUAGAAGAUUUUCUCGUGGGCAUUCACUGGAUUAUACUCAUCAACAUCUUAAACAGUCCGGAUUACGAAACUCUGCAACUAGUUUACUAAAUGAUAUAGAAUAUCAUGAUGUUGAUCCAACAUCUGAAACUGAAGCAAUUAUUCAUUUAACAGACGAACUAUUUGGAUUACGUCAAGGUUUGAAGCGAACACGUGAAGCUAACUCAGAAAGACUUGAAGUUGCGUUGAGACAUAUUUCAUUGCUCGAAUUGGAAUUACAACGUCAACGAUGUUUAAAUCAUGAUGCAGAAGUGGCUAGACAACGUGAAGUUGAACGUACACGAUGGGAAAAGCGUUUAGCUGCAACACUUAAUGAAUUAAAAUAUUGUCAAACAGAUAUUGGUAAACUUCGAGAACAAGUUGAUCAAUUAGAAUCAUCUAAAAAAAUUACAGAUCAAUCCGAAUUAAAAUUAGAACGCCAACGAUUAGAAUUAGAUCAGACUAAAGCAACAUUGGAUGCACAAAAAGAAGAGAUAACCACUUUGAAUAAUCUACUCAAUUCAUUAUUGGGUCUUAAUCCAAAUGAUGUAUCUCCUAACGAUCUACAACGCUUACAAGUUGGUUUACUUGACUUACAUAAACAUAUGCAACCAGAUUGUGCCAAUCAAUAUUGUCACUACCAAAGACAGCAAUAUGUACCAAAUCCUAUUCAUCCUCGUCAAACUCUUUAUCGUACUCAAUCUCUAAUGACUGGUUUGACUGGUGUACCAGCUAAUGAACGUAUGAACAAAGUGGAUUGGUUAAAUUCAAAUAAUACAGCAGCGCCUAUUACUCAGUCAUCUGGUGGGAAUCACCAGUUAUAUUGCAAUGUACCUGAACAUCAUGAUUUAGAAGAUUGUCUUGGUCAGUUACAAUAUAAAAUUGAAGAGUUAUAUGAUCAGCAUGAAACUACUCAGAAUAAAUUGCGGCAUAAUAUGAAAAUACGCAGAAAAUUAGAAUGUCAACUAGAGGAACAAGAUUCUAUUUUAAAUCGAUUAAAAUCGGAAUUAAUGUCCUGUCAAGAAGACUUGAAAAUAGCAAAACAAGAUGUUACACGUUUAUCGAGUGAAAAGGAAGCUUCACAAAAAUCAAAGCAUGAUCAACUAGCCGGUAUAGUUACAGAUCUAGCCACUCUAGAAGCCACAGUUUCCCAACGUCGUACAGAACUCACUACACUUGAUACGAAUAUUCAAGAUUCUGAUCAACAGCUUUCAAUAAUUAAAGCACAAGCUAAAGAAGCUGUUUCAAAAUAUGAAGAGGCUAAACGUGAAUAUGACAAUGUAAAGUCACAAUUAGAUAUGAUACGUUCGGAGAAAUCAUUAGCUGAUGAAAAUUUGGAACAGUUACGUACAAAAUUAUCAAACACUAAACUUCAGGUUGAACGAUUGGAGUCAAAUAAAUCUAACCUUGAAAAUCAACUUACACAAUUAGAAGAUGCUGUUAAUGCAAAGAAAUUAGAAUAUAAUCAGCUGCUACCCAAUUUGAGUGAAUUGGAAACAAGGUUAACCCGCACUCAGCAUGAUAUUCAAAUUGGUGCUGAACGUAUACGUAGUGAUCAACACUUAAGAUUAGAAGAUGAAAAAUUAUCAGCUACACGUCAAGCUGAAUUAACUCGGCUAGCUAGACAAAUCGAAGAAGACAAACUUCGUCUCGAGUUACUUGCACAAGAUACAGAAGCAAAAAAGAGUGAAUUAGAAUUAAUUAAAGCUGAGAAACGUCGUGAAUUAGAGAAUUCGAAUUCCAUAGUUCGAGAGUUAGCUAACCAAACAGCGAUCAAACAACGUGAAUUAAAUGAAACACAAACAUCAUUAAAUGCUUCUCUGGAUGAGAAAGAACGUAUUUUACAAUCAGUUAAAACACUUCGUUUAGAACGCGAUAAUAUACGCACAGCAUUGGAACAAGAACAAAAGUCUGUUGCAGAAUUGACAGCAUUAGUAACACGACAAAAACGUGAAUUUGAACAUCUCACUGAAAUGUCUCACUUAGAAGAAUCGAGAAUAUUGAAUUUAAGCUCUCAACAACGUGAUUUAAUUAAUCAAUUAGAAAAAUUACAAAUUCAAUUAAAUGAAGAAAAAGAAGAACUACGUGAACUUGAAGUUGCAAAAAUUAGAAAAAAUACAGAAUAUGAAAACGUGCGUAAAGAUGUUGUACGUGAACAGUCAGAAUUGGAGCGUAUUCAAAAGGAAAAAGAACAAGUAGAAUUGGAACUCACUCAUCUUCGACAGGAACGGGAUAUAACUAAAUCUCAGUGGGAUAGUUUCCAGUCAAAAAUUAAAGAUUUAGAAAAUCAAAAAGUCCAGCUACAUGAUUCUAUCUCUGAAGCUAAUUUAACUUUAGCACGAAUUAAAGCGGAAUCUGAAUCAGCAUCCAAUUUACUUCGACAGAAAAACAUUGAAUGUAAUGCAGCUUUGGCUGAUUGUGAUAGAAUGUUCAAACAAACAUCUGAUAGUCGUGAUGAAUUAAAUAUUGCUCAGCAACGUUUACAAAAAGCAAAUGAUUUAAAACAAUCAAUUGAAUCAAGUCUCAAUGAACAACGUCGUCAACGUGUUCUAUUAUCAGAUGAAUUAAAUCAUUUAGAAGAAGCAGUACAUACAGGAAGAUUAGCCAAACAAUUAGCUGAUGAAAGUAGGGAGGCUAGUGAAGAAGCACUUAAAAGUGCUGUGAAUAAAUUAAAUAAAAUGCAAACAGAAAAAAAAUUACUUGAAGAAACUUACAGAAAGCGUUCUUCAUCAGCUAAUCGUAUGGUAGAGUUGGAUAGUUUACGAAUGUCGAAAGACAAUGAACUCCACUAUUUAAAUGAGCGUCUACGUAAUACACGUCAACAGUUAGAAUCAGUAGAAUCAGAAUUAUCACAGAAAUCUUUAAAAUUGAAUGAAGUCAGUGAAAAAUUAAAUACAUUACAGAAUGAAUUUAUUAAAAAAGAACAAACAAAACCCAAUAGUUUAGAAUUAGAGAAAGAACUGGAAAAAUGCAAACAACAGCAAAUUUUUUCACGAUUAGACGAUAGAAAUAAACAACUAACUUACAGUCAUCAGUUUAAUGAAUUGAAAAUUGACAAUAUGACUAAAUUACAUGAUAACAUUAAUAAUAAUAACCUUUUACAAGCUUUAAUGGAUACUAAAUCAGCAUUGAUAGCUGCUCAACGUGAGUCAAAACGUUUAAAGCGUCGUACAGCACGUGAAGUUGCUGAAUUAGAACGUGUUGCUGAAGAACAAUGUAAUCGUGCUGGUGAUCUAACGGAACAAUUAUCUUUAGCUAAACGUCAAUAUGCUCAACUAAAAAGUCAAAUUGCUACUUAUGGAAUUCUGAUGGAUGAAGUGAUUACGAUUGCUUCUCAAACAGAGUUAACUGAACAUGGUAAACGUUUGGAGGCUGCUUUGUCAGCGGUUCGAGCUGAGUUAGAACAGCAUAAUAAUACAAUGAACGCGUCAGUGGUAGAUGAAAAUGGUUGUUCUAAUUCUACAUUAUUUGGACAAAGAAUUCGUGAAGUAUUAAAUCCUGAUUCAGAUUCCAGAAUUGUGAAAGAUCGUUCAUCAAAUGAUCAAGAGAUUCAGGAGAUUACCGAUCAUAAUUAUUCAGCAAAUGGAUUACAAAAAUCCCUUUUAUUACUGACUAAUUCAUUCCAUGAAAUAAGCCAUUCUCCAAGCAAUUUUCAUAGUGUUCAAUCGUUAACUGAUUCAUUAAAUGGUUUAUGCAAAAAAUCAAAUCAUUUCUCAUAUAGAUUAUUUCCUAAUAAUGAUUCAGAACAUGUGGUAGAUGAUCCAGAACUAAACUACACCACUUCAGGAUUAGGUUCCAGUGUUAAUCCUGGUACUCAAAUUGCGAGUAAUGGUGGAAGUGUUCAAGAAAAUUCAACUAUACUGUCACCAUCAACUCUAGGUGAAUCAAAACCAGUCAAAAGUAAUAAUUGGAAGCAAAACGUCAGUAGUAGUUCUGUAGGACGACAACGGUCUCAUGAUGAAACGGCCCCACUUGCAACUUCUGGCUUUGUGAAUCAUUCCCGUACAUCUCGUCAUUUUAAAUCUGGAUCCUCUCGAUCUUCUAGACCUGGAUAAGAUGAAGCCCCAAGCCCUUUGAAGCAAAUUGAUAUUAGAAAAAAGUGGGCAACAGCUACGAUAAAAUGAAUAAUCGGAACGUUUAUCAAUUAUAUAUAUAUAUAUAUAAGUAUCUCUGUCUUCCAACGAUAUAUUGAUUAGUGUUUUAUCCAUUUUCUGAUAUUUCAAUAUAUUAUGUACAUGGUAUUAUUUCAACAAAUGAAUGUCAAAUAAUAAAUAUGCAUAAUUUUCAUAUAUAUAUGUACAGUUACAGUUUUCUCCGCCAUCCCCCCCCCCGCUCUCUACCGCACCAUCGCAUGCUUUGUUCCUUUUAUGAUACAUUAAAUAUUGUCAAAAGAAAUGAAAACUAAUAAAUUUUUUUCUCUCAGUAACAAAUAUUCAUACCUUUAUGUUACUUAUUAUCAUUAUAUGCCAAUGAAAAUCUGUUUAUUCCAUAGAAUUUAUUUUUAUUGUAAUAUUAUUCUGUUUAAAGAAGAAGAAACAUUUCAAAAUAGGUCCUCUUUUAUUACUAACCAAUCCAUGUCACACUAUUUUCUAUCCCAUUUUAUACUUAAUUGAUAUAUUCAUCACAAUUUUAAUGGUAUUAUUCAUGUGGAUGAAGAUUGUUUGAUGAAAUGAAGAAAAAAGAAGUAUCAUAAAUCAAUAUUAUAUUGUCAUAUUUUAUUAUAUCUUCAUGUCGUUCUUAUAUCUUAUAUGAUGUGUAUACACUUUCCUAUGUGAAAUACUUAUUUAUAUGGUGUUUUUUUUUCAGGUUUCCCUUGGUGAUUUUGAUCGUUUUCCUUUUCUUAUUCUUCUUAACCUAUUAUUCUCCUCUGUUUUCUUAAUUGUUAAUAAAUCCUUAGGAAUGAUUACAUUUGUAUUAUUGUUAUUCCAUCAGAUAAUUAGUAUAGUUUGGUAAAAGUAAUGGAUUGAUUUCAUCACAUUGAUAUCAUCGAUUUGAAUUUUAUCACAGUUAUAUCCUCUUCUUUUUACAACUGAAAUUCUUUUGCUAUUCUUUCAGGACAUGUGAAGUAUUAGAUAUAAAGGGAAAAAUUAGUUCAUUAGUUGUAGUAACAUGAUCAUAGUUGUGAUGAUAAAAAGCUUUGCACAGAGAGAAAAGUUAUUUUUCAUCUUGAUAUCGAAAUCUUCAUCAAUGUUCUCAUUUAUAAUCAACCCAAUACAGUAAAGAGACUUACAUAUUAUGUUCCUAUGUCUGACAUGUAAUAUAAAACGAAUAAGCAUGGAAAUAUCGACUUGCGGGAAUAUUUUAAGAUUACAAAAGGUUAAUAAUGAUUUAAUAAGCAAACUGUCAAUGACUAUAGUACUUGACAAAUCGAACUAAGACUCUAAUAUUUUGUUUCUCAAAUACCACCUCCAUUAUUCUCAUUACUUUAGCUUUAUGACAAACUUAUCACAAAUCUUUAUUGGCGCAAAAAAUGAUGUUAUAAAAAUAAGUUAUAUUGUCAAGUGAAAAUCUUGGUUGUAUAUCAUUUUUAGGUAUAAUUCUUUACUUGUCAUAAGUUUAAAAUACAUCAGUGAUGUUUUGAAUUUGUAAAUUCAUGUAAAUCAAUCUAAAUACAACCAUUUUUGGUAUUAAUUAGUUUCUUCUAGAUUUAAAAAACGGUCAGGACUCAGUAGCUGAGUGGAUAACGCGAUGGCGUUUGAAGCGAAUGGUACUGGGUUCGAGUUCCAGAGUGAACAUCAACUCUGAGAUGCAAGUACAUCCAGCUGACGAGUCCCAAACGGGACGAAACGCGCGUCUUGGAUUCCACUGUUAGCCACUAUCCAUCAUUGCUUAAAAAAUAGUUUGUUUUAAAAUUGUAAGUUCCAAUUCUUUUUUUUUCAAAUGUUCUUAAUCUAUGUUUAUUUUAACUUUCUUUCGCACUUUUUUCUCUCUCUCUCUGUCUAUUUCCCUCUCUCACUCUUUCUCCCUUGUAUUCUCGCCUCGUAACUUAACAAGAAGUCAAUGGAUAAAAAAAAUAAUUUGUUCUUAUUGAAUAGAAAUAUGCUUUUCUUUUUCAUGUUUUCGUUCAAAAUUACUUCUGUAUACAUUACUACACAUUUUCUUAAAUA